AUGACUCGCCGGCUUUCACGUUCUGAUAAGGAAAAAUGGGCCGCUGCGCCUCCACCACCGCCUAGACGUCCACCUCUCCGCAUCCCUGCCAGUGAUAAUACGGCUCUUAUAGCGACUAAUAAGCUGACUCUCGUGGGAAGAGUCACUAAUCCUCUCCUUCAAAACACUAGAGCUGUCGUCAACUUCUUACCUCAAGUGUGGGGGUUGGAAGGCAGAGUUGAAGGAAGAGACUUGGGGUCCAAAAAGUUUCAGAUCCGUUUUCAGUCUGAGAAUGAUAUGGAGGUUGUCUUCAACAAAGGUCCCUACCACUACAAGAAAUGGAUGUUGCUAUUACAAAAAUGGGAGCCUGUCGUGUCUGAAUCCUUCCCGGACAAGAUUUCUUUUUGGAUCCGGAUUCAUGGAAUUCCUCUCCAUUUCUGUAAUGAAGCCACAAUCGACACUAUAAGCGACUCCUUAAGUCUUCAGACUGGUAAAGUCGUCGAAGAGGCCAAGGUUAGAGUGGAGUUUAAUGGGCUCCAGCCACUCGAGAUGAGUACAGAGAUUCAAUUACCCUCUGAUGAUAUCAUUACUGUGGAGUUCGAAUACUUGAAGAUGGAGAAACAUUGUUUCACCUGCUUCUCUUUAUUCCACGAGGAUGAGAGCUGUCCAGUUAAACCUCCAAACACUCCCCCUAUCAAGGAGCGUAAGCUGGGUAUCACUCAACGGUUAGCCUUACAACGUAUUGAAGCUGACAAAAGGAGGCACGAGGAGCGCAGGGGUUACCGUCGUCCUGCCUACUCUCAACAACCUUUUGAGAAUCGCAGAGAGGACCUAAGACCUCGCAUUCCUCACUUCUCUGAUAAUAGAGACUCUCGUCGAGCUCCCUUUGAGGUUGAUGCCUUGGGAUACAAGAAACCCUACCAUCGCUCCUCACAACGGUCUCCAUCUGAAGAGAGCCGCCAUUCCUCACGUAAUGAAUCACGAAUUCUCUCUAGUGGAGUUAAGGUACAGAAUCAAGAUGUCCCCAUUGACCCUCUAUCAAACCCUCAUGGGGCUUCUCGGUCUCGCUCUCUCUCUUCUCAUACACCUUCUCCUCGCAACUUAAGGGAGCGUAUGGACUUUCCACUGGAAGCCAAUGGCUCUGGGGGAAGCUCACGUGCCCAUUCCAGUGAAAGACGCUCUGCUCUGGCACGUAUUGGUAGCUCCAGUCGUGAGCUAAUCCAACCCCCUCGCGGUCCAACCAGCUUUGAUUCUAAUAGGCUGCAAGAGGUGGAGAUUGUAUAUGAUGAUCGUGAUGAACAGGAUCACAUCAGCCCUUUUCAAGCUCGCUUCCCUGAGAUAGGGCAAAACUCUCGUGUGCCAGCUAGUCUACGUCUGGGAGGUUCGUCAGAGGUUAUUGUCUUUGGUUCUGUAAAUGAAGUUGCCUCUCCGUCUGCCCAUGUUGAUGGUGCUAAAACAAAGGGGAAGGGAAAAGCUACAAAGACAGCUAAAGUAGGCAAAGGCCCCAACCCCACUACCAAGAAAAGAGGUGUUGCUAGAAGCCCACUUCAUAGAGUCAAUCUCAAGAAGAGCAAUGUUGCUUUGUCUAUGAACCCUCCCAAGAAGAAGCUCUGCAUUGAGAAAGAUCCAUCUCUGCCUUGUGAUAAGGCUGGUCCAAGUACCACUUCACGAUUGUCCUCUAGGACGAGAGGGGCGGAUUUUCGGUCCCCUCCCCCUCCUCUUCCUUAG